AUGCGGUCUUCAACGUGGAUUAAAUCGAUACUACUGGCGAGUUCGUUCUCUAUCCCGUGUAUCGGAGCGGCAACUAGCAAUGGUCAUGAUGUCCAAACCCGUUUGUCGUCCAACAAUGACAUUGACCACAACCGACCAAAGACAAACAAUGCCGGCAAGAAGAAUAUUGUCUUCAUUCUUACUGAUGAUCAAGACUCUAUCUUAGACUCAGUAUCUUAUAUGCCAAAGCUCAAAGAGCACAUCAUCGACAAAGGCACCUCAUUUGUCAAUCACUUCACCACCACAGCUAUCUGCUGUCCAGCCCGCGUGUCACUUUGGACCGGGAAGCAGCCGCACUCCACAAACGUCACGGACGUAAGCCCACCAUAUGGUGGCUAUCCCAAGUUUGUUUCCCAAGGUCUCAAUGAAAACUAUCUGCCUGUGUGGCUGAGUGAAGCGGGCUACAAGACCUACUACACCGGAAAACUCUUUAAUUCUCAUACAAUCAAUAACUACAACUCGCCAUAUCCCGCAGGAUGGACUGGAACUAACUUCCUUCUCGACCCUGGAACUUAUGACUACUUGAAUCCGAUCUAUCAGCGUAACCAGGAGGCCCCAGUUCAUCAUAAAGGAGAGCAUACUUCAGACCUGAUCUCCAAGUAUGCUCAUGAGCUCCUGAAAGAAGCGAUUGACUCAAACAAUCCAUUCUUUGUCGCUAUUGCUCCUAUUGCACCGCACUCGAACAUCAACGUCGACCGUGAGCCUGGGAGUGCUAUGACGAUACCCAUUCCUGCCGAGAGACACUCACAUCUCUUUGAAGGGGUAAAAGUACCACGGACUGGCAACUUCAAUCCGGACUCUCCCAGCGGAGUGAGCUGGAUCAAGGAACUCAAACAGCUCAAUGACUCGUCUGUGUCGCAUCUGGAUGACUACUAUCGCGCACGUCUUCAAUCUCUCCAAGGCGUCGACGAGAUCGUCGAGCAGGUCGCUCAGCAACUUGAAGACGCCGGCCUACUCAACGAGACAUACAUCAUUUACAGCUCCGACAACGGAUUCCAUCUUGGACAGCACCGACUGCCUCCUGGGAAGGAAUGUGGUUUUGAGGAAGAUAUUCGUGUGCCCCUUUUCAUCAGAGGUCCAGGUGUUUCCUCUGGUGCCGUGGAGAAAGCUGUUACAACUCACAUCGACCUCGCGCCUACCAUUCUCAAGCUUGCAGGCGUUGAGUUGAGAGGGGAUUUUGACGGUACUCCUAUUCCAGUGACGGAUGGCCAUGAAGGAAAGCGUCACGAGCAUGUCGCUGUUGAGUAUUGGGGCGUUGCCAUCGCUGAGGGCGGGUUUGCUGGCCUUGGUGCGGAGGGCCAAAUCCAAGUACACAACAACACGUACAAGGGUGUGAGAAUAGUACACGAGGACUACGAUCUUUACUACUCGGCUUGGUGUAACAACGAGCACGAGCUCUACGAUGUCAAGACGGAUCCAGGACAACUGAACAACCUCUUCCCCGUCGAUGGUAAGGCGACUGCCGACAAGGCAUUCCUGGGAACCACCGUCCAGCAAGUCGUCAACCGCCUUGAUGCUUUGAUGUUGGUGUUGAAGUCCUGCAAGGGAAAUACGUGCAUCGAGCCCUGGAAGACACUCCAUCCUGAUGGUAACGUGGCGAACCUCAAAAAUGCUCUUGGGGGCAAGUUCGAUAGCUUCUAUGAGGAGCAGGUAAAGGUUCGGUUCGAUCGUUGUGAAGAUGGAUAUUUGGUCGCUGCUGAAGGGCCACAAGUUGGAUAUGAGUAUCGCGAGGGUCUUAAGUGGCACCAUUGGACUUAG